AUGUUCAGUAAUGAUGUAAGCAACAUAAUUGAAGAACAUGAAAGACAAAAAGGUCAGAAAGAAGAAGGAAGCAUAAGUAGAGGAAGAGGAAAAGCGACAAGAGGUCGAGGAAGAGGUGGAAGAAGAGAAGCGACAUCAGAAGAAGAAGGAAAUCAGGACGAGAGUGAUAAGGAUCAAGGAAGUGAUUUGACGGACAUGGAUGAUACAGAAGAGAAACAGAUGGAAAAAGAAGAAAUCAAGGAACAAGAAGAGGAAGAAGGAGGAGAUAUUGUAGAAGAUGAUACCAUCUCCCUAGGAGAUGAAGCAGAAUUUGUGAAAGAAGACGCACACGUCAAACGAGAACACAAAUGCUACGUGACGGAGCUCUUGAGACUUUAUGAUACAGGAAAAGUCGGCAAAUUUCAAAUGCUUGAGAAAGCCUAUCAUGGUUGGUGUGAAAGAGUGAAAUCACAACCGAGGCAAAUCGAGAUGUUGAAUUGUUCGAGUGAAGAAGACAAAGUCGACGAGCCAGACAAAACCAAGAGGAAAGCCGGAAGUCAGCCUACGGAGAAACCUGCAAAAAUAGGGAAGACGAUGAGCCAAGGAAAGACACUCACUCAUUGGCUUAUCGACUUGUCGGCGUAUUGGGAUGGGAAGAUGGCAGCUUUCGGCUGGGAUCUCUUAUCAAGCACAGACGACCAAAUCACGGCAAUUACAGGAGGAAGGAUGUUAUCUCACCUUGCGCCAACCGGGAAAAGCCAAUCUCACCAUCAAUCCCAUCAUCAUCAUCACUUUGACGGAGGCGUUUUUCAUGGUUCGAGUACGGGAAGUUACGUGUCACACGACUACCACGAUCAGGGAUUAGGAAACAACAAUGUGAGCAAUGGAAAUGGAAGGGGACAAGGUAGAAGGGGACAAGGAUUUAUGAGAGGAAAUCAUGUACAAGAGGCGGAGGACAGAGGCCGGUGGUGA